UAACAUAUGUUAUCUUGAAGACUUGGGGGGGGGAACAGAGAUAAAACCAAAUAUAUUAAAAGGAACCGCGUGGCGUGAAAACUACGGCUCGAUCAGGCAGACGUUUCCUCUGUUUCAAUAAAAUGCAGCCGACACACGUCGUGAUAUUUCGAUUAGAAAUCGCACUCUGAGAAAUUUCAAAAUCAAAUCAAAUCUCUUCAUUCGUCUCUGGACAAAUCCUCGAGGAUCAGAAAUCUCUUAAGCUUCUUGUGUUUGAUUACUUUGAGAUCAAAGUUCGAGAAAAAAUGGGAGAGGAUCAGAAUAAUAAUCACAAUGACAAAGGAAUCUUUCACCACUUAGCUGGAUUUGCAGCCGGACACUACCCACCUCACGGUCAUCAUGGUUAUGGUCAUCACGGAGCUCCUUAUCCAUACCCUCCUCCCCCUCCUCCUCAUGGCUAUCCACCAGCUGCUUAUCCUCCACACGCUGGUUACCCUCCAGCCGGUUACCCUCCAGCUGGUUACCCUCCUGCUGGUUACCCUCCAGCUGGUUAUCCACCUCACGGUUAUCCCGGUUCAUCUCACUCUG